AUGACGCAGCUUCGGAUCCCCAUCAUGGACGAGAAGCCAAUUGUUCCAGCUUCUGUCCCGUGGAAGCUGCCGCCGCAAAAGACAUACAUCUUCAAGAACGCAAAUGUUGUUGACACAGCGAACGGGACGAUUAUCCCAAAGCAAACCAUCAAACUAUCAGGAGGGCUAAUCCGAGCAAUUGGUGAUCACGGCGAGUCCCUCCAUGACGCAGUUGUGGUAGAUUUGGCGGGCAAAUAUCUCAGUCCCGGCUUGAUCGACUGCCAUGCCCAUCUAUCGUCUGUGCCUGGCGAAGAGGGCCUUGCCGCCACCAUUGUUCAUCCUGACUUGGCCGUCUCUCAGUUCCGCCAGCCCUAUAUGGCGGCACAGACCCUAUACCGAGGUUUUACUACGCUGAGAGACACCGGCGGCGCAACCCUCGCUCUCAAGGAGGCAAUUGCGGAUGAUGUAUUUCCCGGGCCUCGCCUUUUCAUAGCCAACAGGGCUCUCUCUCAGACGGGCGGCCAUGGAGAUUCAAGGUCGGCCCAUGAAGCCUGCUGCCGCACCGCCAAUUGUCUGUCGUCUCUCAUUGAUGGCGUUCCUGCGGCGAUACAGGCUACCCGAGAGCAACUGCGCACGGGGGCGGACUUCAUCAAAAUCAUGACAAGCGGAGGCGUUGCUUCUCCAACGGACAAAUUAGACCAGAUCCAGUUCACGGCUGCUGAGAUUCGGGCCAUUACCGAGGUUGCAGCCACAUACAACACCUACGUGACUGCUCAUGCGUAUACGCCUCGGUCAAUCAGACACGCGGUGGACAACGGCGUCAAAGGGAUUGAGCACGGCAAUCUCAUCGACAAAGAAACGGCAGAGUACAUGGCCAAGCACAAUGUCUGGUUCACUCCGACGCUUGUCACAUACCAUGCCAUGGGCUCGGACAAAUACGCCGGCUUUCUGCCUCCGGCGAAUCGCGAGAAGAACCGCCAAGUUCUAGAGCAAGGAUUGCAAUCUCUGCGUCUUGCAGAUGAGGCAGGAGUGACAAUUUGUCACGGAUCAGAUCUUCUGGGGCCGCUAUGGGUCGAACAGAGCAAAGAAUUCGGUAUUCGGGCGCAGGCACUGAGCGCUGUCAAGAUUCUCCAGGGGGCGACUGUUAAUGCGGCGAGGAUGUUGAAGCAGGAAGUUUUUCUAGGACAGGUCAAGGCUGGAUUUGCGGCAGAUUUGCUGAUCUUGAACAAGAACCCGCUUGAUGAUAUCACGAUCUUGGAUGAGCCGGAGAAGAAUGUGCUUGCGGUGAUGAAGAAUGGGCGGGUGUACAAGAGCCGGUGGACGAAGCUGCCGGAGGAUGUUGCGCCGGCUCGGACAAUUAUUGAGUGA